AUGCAAGUACGCGAUGGUUCUCUUGAUACCGACGGUCUACAGCAUGUAGUCUUGAAUAAACCCCUGGAGCGCAUGUCACUACCCGACCAACAAAGAAAAUCCAACACUUUUCGCAAAACUGAAAUAACGUCUUUCUUAUUCCGUGCACUCCCAUCUUCACUAUCUUCGGAUGUUCCUGUGACAGAUGCGGUUCAGAUAUUCAUUGGUGUGGCUGCUGUCUUAUCGCCUCUAGGAAUGGAGCGAAAGCGGGCAUUCGUUCUGAAGGAGCUUUUCUCAAUACUCAUCCCUGGACUUGUACAAGCUAGGAAGAUUGGUGCGGCAGAAAUUGGCAUUCACCCAGCUGCAGGAUUAUCUGCCCUCAGCAAUGCCUCUUUCGACAUCAACGCUUUGGAUAUUGGCCCUGCAAAUAUGGAAGCAGGUUUAAGAUCGGUUCUGUCUCUUAUUGGAGGGGUUUAUGGCGCUAAGCUUACCAACGGACGGAUAAACAGCGAAUGGCAGAAUGAUGGACAUGAUUUUGACUAUGACUCAAUUGAGGCAAUCAUUGAGCGUACAUUUCAGAACUCUGCCCUUGAUACAUAUGGCGACUUGGCUUUGAAGAUUGAUAUACUUAAAUCCUGUAUCAACUUCUGUGAAGCACUGCCUGACUUUUCCGGCGUUUUGAAGUUUACUGUUGCUCUACUACACGCCGCCAAAGGCACAUAUAUGCUCACCACAGAUCUUCAGAAGAACAGGCCACUUCUGAGUCCCGACGAGCAAACUCGUUUAUACAAUACGGUUAAACGCACAGUCAGCGUUGCACACAAGCUCGGGGUGUCAAAUUUGGAAGCUGAAUAUUGGGAUGAUUUCUUGGUUCGCGAUGUGCUGAUACAACCUUCGGGUGCAGAACCUCCUGUUCGACGAACGAAGCAAGAUUUUGGGGUUACCUUUAGUACUGAAAAAGGCGGCGAAACAGAACCAUUUAUCUAUAAUGCAUUCUCCAAGCCCCUUACACCAACCGCCGAGGCACCGUUGAUUGCUGGCGAGCCUGCAACCGCAAGGGUUAUUCUACAAAACCCAUUCGACUUUGAACUCGAGAUUGAACACAUACAACUUGAAGGUGAAGGCAUUGCCUUUGAUGCCAGUGCAUCAAAUCUUCUCCUUGCGCCAUUCUGUCUGCAGGAAAUCGGGGUUACUCUAUUAGCUGCAGAGGAAGGUGUGCUCAAAAUCACUGGAUGCACUGUCAAGGUAAAGUUUUGCCGAGAAAGACGAUUCCCUAUCUUCAAGAAGAUAUGGAAAUCCGUGGCGGAAACCAAGCUCAAACGCAGCGGAUUAGCUGCUAAGGACCCUUCCUUAUCGCGGCCUACCUCAUGGAGUUCGAAUACAUCCCAAGGAGCAAUACCUUCGAGGAAACCGCCAGAAACUACGACUUUGUCUGCGAAUAUUAUCAAAGCGCAGCCCAUGAUUGAAGUGCGAAGCUCCUCGCUUUUACAAUCUGCAAUAAUGAUGCUAGAAGGGGAAACUAGCUUGUUUGAGAUUACAUUACAUAACACAUCCGAUUGUCCUGCUGAUCUCCUUCUCUUUACUUUUCAAGAUUCUACAACAGCUCAUCUACAAGUGGCAUUAAACAACAAAGACAACCUGCCUACAGAAAUUUACGAGUUGGAAUAUCAGAUGUUGAAACGGCCGCCAUUACGUUUACGAACCUCCGGACCAGGGCAAGAAAUACCAUCCCUUGACCCUGGUGAAUCAAAGACGUUUACAAUUGAAGUAUUAGGCAAGCCUGGCCUUAGAAAAGCCACUAUUCAAGUUGAUUAUGCAUGUAUUGGUGCAUCGCCUUCGGAACUUCCAGACACUUUUUAUACCAGGCAGAUCAGUAUACCCUUGACUGUCACCGUCAAUGCCAGCUUGAAUAUUUCCCGGUGCGAGAUCCUGCCUUUCAAUGGUCAUCUUGGAUGGAUCGGUGAUGCAUCCUCUGAUAUAAAAUCAAAAAAGCACCCAACGACAUAUGCCACCUUACCUGACCCUUCGAUUGUUUCUACCGGUGGCCGAAAUGAUCCACAGAUAUCACCAGUUAUAUCUCAACUAGGAUCGAAAUACACAGGAUCAGACUACUGCUUAUUGCUUAUAGAUUUACGAAACUCGUGGCCUAACCCAAUAUCUGCUUAUCUGAAGGUCACUGACUCGACUGAGGAAAAAAUUGAUCGUUCCGAGGCCGGAAGUUCGACUCUUCAUUUACAGGAAGUCUCUGAUGUACUACAACCCGGGCACCUCUCUCGCUUCGCCCUGGUUAUUCCACGGAUAUACCUGGAUGAUCCCCACCAGAAAAUUCCGGUAUUAAAUGCUGCAAAUAGGCGGCAGUUUGUAGUUAGCGCUAAUAAGCUUAGCUAUGAGGCGGAAACUGCCAAAAGAGAAGCAUUCUGGCUUCGUGAAAAGAUGUUCGAGAAUCUCCACGGGCUAUGGAAGGACGAGGUUACGGGCCGUGAAGGAGUUAUUGACUUCCGUGCGAUUGUGUUAACCAAUCGUAUGAUCAGCUCACUCCGAGUAGACGACAUAGAGCCAAGCUUUAAUCUUCUGCCGCUACAGAAAACAAUCGACCAGGAAUCCUGCAGUGACCAAUACCCAGCUAUCCUACAAACAGGACAGUCAAGAUUCUCCGUUUCAACUGACACAUUCUUCAACCUUCAAACCACGCUUUUCAACCGCUCUUCAAAGCCAAUUCAUCCCAUUAUCCGGAUUCAGCCUACUUUGCGCAACCAACCAUAUACAAUUGCGCUUGAAUUAUCAAGGCGCCUAUCCUGUACAGGGAUGCUUCAACGAGCACUUCCGGUUCUAGGCCCCAGGGAACAGAGACAAAUAAACCUAGGCAUUACUAUUCACUGUGCUGGAGAGUACGAAAUUAGAGCUACAGUUGAGGAAGUUAAGGCUGCAAACACGAUAAUCGAACCGACAGAAGAGAAAGCCGCCCCGUUAUUCGAUAAACAUGCAUACCAUCAUGAUAGCUACCAGCAAUCCUUCGAUACCAAGGCACCGCGACAGCGACGUAAAUGGCAUUCUAGACUACCUUGUAUAAUAACAGCACGAGAGAGCCUCGUGUGA